GCAUGCAAGUAAAGUAGCUAGAUAUUCGGGCUUCAAUUCUUAUAACAAAAAUUCGUUUCCCGCCUGGGAAAUAUCUUAAAAGAUGCGAAAACAUUUUGAAGGUAAUGCAGGCCGUGUUGUGCUCGUGAAUUUCUUCCCUGUUCUCAUAUAUAUAUACUGAAUAAAAAUUUAGGGAAUGUUGGCGAUGUCAUAGAUGUUAUUGAAAACGAUGCUACAUCUUUUGACAUUUUGGGAGAAGAAGGACAGCCGGGCUGGUUUGAGAAGAUAUUGGCACUGGUAAGAAAUUAAUGAAUUUCAAUUAUUUUACCUAAAACACCAUGAUACGCAGAUCCGAAUUGUUUUUUAUCGAUUGAAUUUAAGGUCGCACAUACAGAAGUUUUAAUUUGGGGCAUUCCAUUGUUGAAGUGCCAACUUUGGUAUCAACAAGGCGAGACUUUUUUCUAUUUAUUGGUUUACGGACUUGACUUUAAAAAUAAGAGGUCGGUAGGUCGGAAAAAUUUUUUAAAAAACCCGAACUGAGUAUAAAUGAGAACCGAAAUUAAUAAUCUUUAUAAAAUUUUUUAACGUCAAUUUAAAAAAAAGCGCUAAAACGUGGCUAAUCUACAUAUUGAUUGUCACAACGAUUACAUGAGCCAGCAGUACCUAGUGUCAAAGUUCACUUGAAGUGUACUUCAUGUCAGAACCCCAAAUUAAUUAUAAUUAACUAAAAUUGUAAAUUUUUUGACAUCCAAGUUUUUUUUUAAUUUUUCACUUUCUGAAUAUUUACGGUCGGCGGAUCCGUAAACCAAUGAAUAAAAAAAGUCUCGCCCAAGUUGUGAGUGACAACCUUUUAGCAAAUUGAUAAAAUAACAAUAUUGUUACAACUUGUUGACAAGCUUGCUACAAGCCUGUUGCGAACACAUCUUGUUGACAAGUUGUGAGAUUUUACGUGUGUAGCUAUAUAACUACUUGCGUUUGGUUCUCUAAAUUUAGCAGUCAGUCUGAAAAUAUGAGUGAUUCUCUUGACAUGUUUUGACAUAUUGGAAACAGAGCAUGCUCAACAGAAAUCACACACAAAAACGGCAGAGCCUUAUUUUCUACGCGAGUGGAAAUCAGGCUCGGCUGUCAGGGUAGUUUUCACACGUUAUCCGUAUAUUUAUUUCUAUAACUUGCUUGAAUCUUCCAGCAAAAGAAAUUGGAUAUAUGUACAGUAUAUGCAGUAUAUAUAGUUACCCGUUAUAUUUUCACAUUUGUUAAUUUGAUCAUGCAUGUCUAUAAAUAUUUUGCCGGAUUGUCGAUUUGUGCAUCUUAUUUCACUCGUUAAAAAUGUUGUAAUCUCAAGUUAAUAUAUGCUUAAUACAGUGGCGUAGCCAGCUCGAUAAGUAGGGUUGGGGGACAUAUUCAUAUAUUCGUGUUCUGCACUAUUAAUUUCUUUUGAAAUUGAUUGUUUUUACGGUCUGUGAAUACGAAUAUAUGAAUAUGUCCCCCUCCCACUUAUCGAGCUGGAUACGCCACUGGCUUAAUAUUAACUUUUAAGGGAGAAAAAAUGGGAAAAGAACCUAAAAAUAACGACCAGGGUUUCGUUGGAAGUGAUAACUUAAGUGAAAAAAGAGAAUUUCAUCCUGAUUUCGCAAAACGAGGGAAAAGUGAGUAUACUGUAUAAUAAUUAUCAAGUAAAUAUUUUCCGUACCUUAUUUAUGAAAACGUCCACCAUACAAACACGCCAAUUGAAUGUAAGUCCAGAAAUUUUAGUCCUAAGGAGAAUUUAGUCCAAUUUUAUCCCAGAAGGGUCGCUGAAAUAAAAACUGUUGAUCGUCGAGGAACGGUAAUGAUGCACUAUUUAAAAUCUUCUCUAACACUAUUUUUCCGCUAUUAAAAUUGUUUAUGUGUAUGUUUCACCCAUGCAUGUCAUUGUCAGUUAAUGCGGAUUAUCCAAAGAAAUCCACCAACGAAACAUAGUUUUUGUCGCAAAAUUUCUAUACCAUAAAUUUUCUUUUCUUUAGUUCCUUAUUUAGCUCAAACGAAAUUAUCAGAUGCUUUCAAUAAAAUUGGCCCAGAAGCGGAUGGGGCUAAAACUGGUUUGGCAAAGAUAAAUGAAAAAUGGAAUGAAAUGUCAUCUGAUGAUAGAACAGCUAUUGUCAGAGCAGUCCGGGCCUCUGCAGCCAUGUUUGACAAGUUUGCUAAAGCCGACGAAGAUCCCGUGGGGGCAGUAAGAGCAACCAUUGACAUAGUUUCCCAGUUCACAGCAUUAGCUGGACCAAAAGGUCAAAUUAUCUCAGUUGCUUUAAGCUUCGUAUCAGGGUUUCUUGCCCUUUUCGGGGUAGGGAAAUCAAAAACGCAAAAACCGGAUUUCAGUAAAAUUGUUCGAAAAGAAAUCGAUGCCGCCCUUGAUAAAUAUUACGACAAAGUUCUCAAUGAUGAAAUUGCUGGAUGUCUUAACAAUUUCGUGAUUUCUAAAGCAUAUGUAGAUAGCCUUUCUAAGUCUGGUGGGAAAUUGACUGAACAUCAAGCCCUCUCCCUUAAAGUGCACGUUCCCUUGUGGAACGGUCUCAAAUUACUCGGAAAACUUGAGCAUAGAAUUAAGGCAUUGUUGAAGGAAAACAAAAGAGAAACUGUGGAAAAACUUCUCAAAUAUAUAGAGUUGUACACAAGGCUUGCUAUUCUUAAAGACAUGAUUUUGUUGCAGUCCAUUGCCCUGCUUCCUGAUCAACGUAAUCGAGCUGCAUUACUUUCAGCGCAAUUGGCGCUACGUAGGAAGCAGAAAUCACUCCUUCAAUUUCUCUUUAAUGCUAAACUGGACAGUAAGCUAGCUGUUCGAUACUUUGAUCCUGAUACAUACCCUGUCACUGAUAAGUACCUGAGUGCUUUACUCAAAGUCCCGGAUUUCGAUAGAUCAUUGGCCGGUAAAUGGUGCAUAACAAAGAAGGGUCGGGGGUGGUAUCCCACAAAUUAUGCGCUAGGGUUCUUUAUGAGGUAUCGGCAAUUGAUGCUAAAUGGUCACCCAUACGUUAAGAGUGGUGGUAUUACAUGUAAUUGGAAAGUUGUCCCCCACGGGAAUAACCUUUAUACCAUUUCUCUGACAUGGGGGUGUCCUCGAGGUCCGUUUUGUGGUCAGUACAUGUCACACGAUCUGGUUGGAGACAGAUUAAGAGUAACAGUAGAACCUGACGCCGACUUCUGGGAAAUAACUGGAAAAGGGUUAAAACAGUAA